AUGCCAGACAUCCACGACCGAAUCCGCGAAGAAGUAAUGGACAAAGAGCGCGCCCUCUGGACAGCCCUUACAUCCGCUGAGCCUGCCUCCGAAAUAAUCAAACUAAGCAACUCCUACGCCAACUUCCUCUGGCCCAAAAAGGAAGUCUUGACCUUCCAAGACGAAAAGAAGUUCCGAAGAGCAGUCCGAGCACCCUUUCAUCGCUUUGAUACCUAUGAGUUGCAGGAUGUGAGGAUUAUUAUUAUGGGAUUGAUGGCUGCAACGGUUACUUGUACUGUUGAUGCGACGAGGGAUAAUAAGAGGUGGAGGGCUACUUCGCAUACUACUUGGAGUCAGGCUUCGGAUGGGGAGUGGAGGGUUUGUACGCAUCAGGAGACUCGUAUUUAG